GUUCAGCAUCACAACACAUGCAAAAAUACGUGUGUGUGUGUGUGUGUAUGUGUGUGUAUAUAUUUGUGUAGCCUCAACAUUAGUUUAGUUACACACAUACUGCAGCAGGGCACUAGCUCACAGUAACACACAAUGAUGAAGCAGUGAGCACCCAAACUGUUAGGCCGUAGAGCAAAGACACAACAGGUAAGUAUGUGUGACUGAAAUAACGCAGUAGGAAAAACAUAGUUUUGUUGUUAAUAUUCUAGAUGAGGCUUGAUAAUUUAUUUCACUCUAAGUAUUUUCUUAAAAAAACAAUUACAUAUUUGUGAUUUUUUUUUUUUUUUUUAAAUAUUCAAUUUACUGCUAAUUUAAUGGAUCCAUUUGCACAUAAACACUGCAUAAACGUUAGUAGAUACAGAACUCUAGUGUCCAUAUUGUUCCAGCAAUGUUGGAAAUGAACAAGGCUACAUACCAAACUCUUGCAGCAGAGGGCCUUUCUUCACUGCAAGUCCUUCUUUUCUCCUCAGGGUGGUGCUCAAUGACCUGUUUAACUGCUUCUACUGCUGUUUGGCACUUAUCUUAGCAACCAGACCAGAUGACAAGUUGAGGCUUGUCUAAUGUGAGAGGCCAAUGGGCUGAACUUCCUCACCCUGCAGAGCAGCAGGUUGGCUGCACUGAAUCAUGCUGCAUUGCUCUGCUGCUACUAGACAAACACACAGGAGAGAUUUUUAAGAGCAGAAGUCUGUCAGUUUGACCUAACACCAUCCCAGAAGAGCCACUGACACUGCAGCUGGAAGUCCGUCAGAAUGAGACACAACUUGAUGUUUUAAGAUGCCAUUGGACUGAUAUCAGCAUUUGGACUAAAAUUUGGAGUGCACGAUGAGAGUUUUUCUUGCCAUUUUACCUCACCACAUGGAAAACGCAUCAGACAGCUGCUGCUUCAACCAACACGAACAAUGAAAGUUGGGAUUCAGUAUCUUUCUCAAGGAUACUUCGACACAUGACCAGGAGGAGCCGGUGUUCUGGGAAUCCAUCCUACCUGGCAAACCAUCCUACCCGUUGUUUCUGCGCAUGCGCACAACACCAGACAUCCCUCCCUGGAAUUCCAAUUAGUAGCGGACCCACUCUACCACCUGAGCCACAGCCCCGUUCAGUUGCUUUUAGGUGUCCAUUUGAUUCCUGCUCUGACUCUCAUCCUGUGUGAGUGAGGAGGUCACCAUGGCAACUGUGCCACAGGGGAUUGUGGGAAAGCCAAGGUUUGGCCCUAGUGACUGUCUGAUCGCAAUGUUGAGGGCUUGCUCCAGAGAUUCGACUGAGGCGAUUGAAACAAGACUGAAAUGCAUGCUGCAAAUGUUUCUACAGCAUUACAGGGAUGACGAGGGAAAUGAGAAGACCAAAGAGUUGGCAGCAAAGUGCUGCUACGAGGCAGGGGUUUGGUAUCACAGAAUCUUGGAGAGCCUGAUCAGUCAAGAGAGGAAAAGGCUGGGCUUCAGUGACAUCUCAGGCAUCUUGGAGCAUGAUCUUUUCCAGCGCUGUCUGGUGGCCUGUUGCUUGGAGAUCGCUGCAACCUCAAACAGCUUACCAUGUGACUUCCCGCUGCUCCUUCAGAUCCUCAAACUGGAACCAUACCACUUUUGGAAGGUGAUUGAGCCUGUUUGGCGGGUUGGGUCAGGCUUGCCUCACUAUGUGGUCACACACCUCAUCCAAGUGGAAGAAAAGGUUUUGGAGAACUUGGCUUGGAUCAGCGACUCACCACUGUGGGAUGAAAUCACACCCAACGAGGGCCAUAUGCCCACCUGCCAACAGGUAAUGCAUCCAAAUAGGCUUGAAGGUCCAAUGCAAACGGAUCCAGGUGUGCCGAGAGUAGAUGUCAGUUUGGGGAUGAACCACUCAGCCAGGACAGAGCAGCAGUGUUCCCCAUCAGCUAUAAACAGACAAGAGAGAAGCAGCUCCCUCCAUCUGUUUGCUCGGAAGGUUUACAGCUUGAUGGCCAAGCGUCUGAGGGAGCUGUGUUCCACGCUGGAAAUAUCUGAUGAGCUGCGAUUAAAGAUCUGGACCUGCUUUGAGUAUUCCUUGGUCCACUGCUCUUGUCUAAUGGUAGACCGUCACCUGGACCAACUGCUCAUGUGUGCUAUCUACAUCAUAGCAAAGAUUACCAAGAUGGAGAUACCCUUCAAACAGAUAAUGAAAUGCUACAAGUCACAGCCACGUGCCAACAAAAGUGUCUGCAAAAACGUGCUGAUUUCAGAAAGGAUGGAGGAAAAUUCUACCAUUAAAAAAAUCAAUACUGGAAAGCACAGCAGCACUAUCCUAACCCCCAACACACCAUCAACACAUUAUCCAAGACCUGGGCAGGAGGAACGGGGCAAUCUCAUCCAUUUUUACAACCAGGUCUACACGACAAAGAUGCAGCAUUUUGCCAAACAGUUUGCUCAAACCUCAUUACGAGACACCCCUCCUUUGUCUCCAUACCCUCGACAGUGGAAAGCAUCUCCUCGCUGUUAUCAGCUGUCCAACAGCCCGUCCAUCUCCAUUUCACCAUACAACACAGAAAGCCCUUCCCCUCACAGAACUGGGCUCUGCUACUACUUCAACUCAAGUCCUCCAGAGCUUCUGCGUGAGAUCAACAACAUGAUCAAAACGGGCAGGUCACCAAACAUGCGAUGCUACGCGGUAUCACUGGAUAGAGAUGAGGAAGGAGAUGGAUCCUCAGCCAAGAGGCUUCGUUUGGAUGGGCAGUCAGCCUGGCAGAGACGACUGAGAAAUGUGUUCAAUGAUCGCAUUACAAGAAUGAACCAGGACCAGGUCUAGCUUAUUCCAGCUAACAGGCCUAACCUCCACUCUGAUGGAAGUAAAGCACACAUUUACUUCUUGACAAAUUCUCUGUCAGCUCAAAGGACUAAAUUUCCGUUGCUUGGCUCUUUUGUUUGGAAUCAUUUUUUCUGAUACCAUAAGUCAUGUGUGAAGGUCUGUGAAUAAGCCACUUUAUCCCCAGCACAGUAAUAGAAGACUGGUCAUCCUGGGUUGCUGCCUGAUGGAAGUGUCCUUCAUGAUAUUGUAUGAAUUUAAAGAAAGACAAGGCUGCAAAGUGCCCAGUGAGUUUUUCUUAGAUAAAAAAGGACUGAGACAGGACUUUAGCAACUAAAAGGCAGAUUAGUUAGUGUUUGUCUGCAUCCACAGGAAUUAAUAUUUACAGUAAUAUGAAAACAUAAAUGUAUCCACAAAUGCAUCCAAUGGACAUUUGGGCAAAAAGUUUUUUUUCUGCACAAAUUUAACAAUUCUGUUAAAAAAAGUGUAACUUAGGCCUCUGAAGCUAACAUAACAAAACAAAAUUUUGAUUUAGUCAUUUUUGCAUAAUUAGAACAUUUAUAUAAUUAUAGUUCGUUAUCUUAAUGACUUAAAUCUCACAUAAUAAUAAUAACAUGGUACCUUUACAUGUAUGCAAAAUGUUUUAUUUAUUUUAAAUGUUUCAAUGAACAUUUUAAACUCAAUUUUUGGUGGAUUUUCCAGCAUGCUCAUCACUGUCCUGUUGAAAGAUUUCAACUCAAGGUUAUCUUAAAGCAUAUUUUAAAUUUCAUUCUCACUUCAUAGUUGUAUGACUGCAAAUUGCCAGGUCCCAGAGGCAGCAAAGCAUUCCCAUAACCAUAAUAUAUCCACACACGUACUGUUAUCAUGGCUAUGUUAGAUGUGCCUUAGUAGCCUUGGUCUUUGCCUUUAUGUUAACUAUAAAAAUACAGCUUUGCUCUUUUGGGCAUUCCUGUUAUGCAGGUCAAGUUUUUGCACUGUUUACAAUGCAAAGAGUUGACCGCAGAUCCUCUGAUGAAAGCUUGGGGUCUUUGGAGACUUGCAUAAUUUGCUGAGACAACCCAUUAUGGACAAUUUGGCAGCUAUUUUUUUUUUUUAAAUUUAGCUAAAUUUAGCUACAAGAUUUUUUUUUAGAUGAUUUGCAGAAUUAUUGAUUUAAAUUAACUGGGGAACACCAAACCCUGGAUGUCUGAGGUUAAAAUAAGACAUUACUCUCUAAGAAGAGUCUAAUAACUGACACCAUAUUUGAAGGCCCUGUGUGAUUAAUUUGAGGAUGUACUCAUUUGUUCUCACUAGACUGAUCUGUUUUUUAUGUUUGACUUACUUUUGGAAUUUUGAGUGUACAUACUAACAUUAACUCCUGUCUAUGACCUGCAUGAAUACUGAAGUUUGAAGUGAUUUGAUUCUGACUGCAUAUUGGUGAUACUAGGGGUUUGAUGCAUACCACUCUAAAUUAAUUUAAAGUUGUUUUUACAUUCAACUUAUCGCAAAACUAUUGAGGAUAAACUAAAGUAAGACUUUUGCAAAAAUAAUAAAUGAAAAGUGCUGUUACAGUAGCAGAAACUUGCACUGGUCAACAUAAAUGUAGAAGCUAAAACAAAUUCAGUCUCAAUAAAUCUUUAAAAAUCCAGUCAGCAGUUUUAGCCACCGUUUAUUACAGACUGAGUAUCACAGCUGAUUCAACAGGACAUCAAUCAAAAACUGCACGGUGAUUUUAUUAAAGCUCUUUUCCAAACAGAAAAGUGUUUUGCUUUUGAGAUUUAUUGCGCAGAAUGAUACAUGUGUCAGUUGACAGAAGUUGGCUUUAUUAUCAUCUGCUGAUGCAACAAAGUUUCUUUAAAUCUGAGUUUAACAAUAAGUAGGUAUUACCGAGCUUUUGAAGACAUGUGACCACUAACCACAAGAUUUUAACUUGAUGACAAUUAAUAAUGUGGGAUCAAGUGAACCCCUCAGCAAACAACCCAUCAUGAAGGGGGGAAAUGAGCAGUCCUCAGUUGAUUGCAAAUGGUUGGAGGUUAGUGGCAGUCGCUGGGAAAAUGAUUGCUAAUAUCCCAGUCAUGCAGGCCUACAGAUUAGUCAGUGACAUCCUGUCAACUACCUGUUGCUAGGAAAAAUGUCUAUUUCCCAACCAGUUCAGUGCAGCGCCUUCUUUGCAACCAAUUUCACCCAGUGAGGACCAGAAACCUCCAAGAAACACUGCCAACCAGUGCAACAUCAUGUAAAAAACUAGGGUUUGGCAAUGGAACAGAUGCCUUUCUAUUUCUAUAGAACUUUUCAAAUUUCAGUUCAGCCGCAGUUCUGUUUGUGGUGAUUUUUCUUUUGCUAAUUUAAUCUACGUCCUUGAAAAAUUUAAUUGGUAACUAAUUUGUGCUAUUCCUGAAUAGCACCACAAUAUACUGCCUCUUUCCUUUUUGUUAUGUUGUGUUACAUCGAGAGUUAACGUGCGAUUUCAAAGGUGGGGUAACCCUCAGCUGUAGCACUUCAGCGACGGAAUAACUUAGAAAUACGUAACGUAAGAAUUCCUGUGGUUAGCUCCAGUAGAGUUUACUGUGUCCAGAAUAGGACCAGUUGCUUACUGGUCUUUGUGGAUUUAGGCAGUUAAAUAUAGAAAGAUAUGAGCAAACCCCUAGACACAAUAAAGCUAGUAUAUAAGGUCAAAUUUAGUGAAUGAAUCUAAACAGCAUCAUCCCCUUAAAUUUAAUUUAAUGUCGGCCACCCUUGACAUUCUUAACUUCCCAGUGACCGUGCACACCACAACCUGCUCUGCACCAUCCAGCAUAUCACAAUACUGUAAACUUUACAACAAUGCAAAUUAACCACUUUAACCUGUAAAUUAAACCAAUUUUCAAAGAGUUUGAAAGACACUUCACAUAAAGAUAAUUCAGAAACAUGUCAUGUAUACAUCCAAUAUCUAAAAAAAAAGAUUUUUUUUUUAAAAAUUCUAACGUUUCUGAUCACAAGUUGUUGACUUUUACACCUGUUUCUUUCUGCUCUAUAAAGUUUGAUGUAAAUUGGAUUUUGUGAAAUGACGAUGGCUAAAACUCCUCCAAGGGAAUCAAAACACAAAUUUUUCCACUGUGGAAAAGCCAGUAACCAUAGCUACUCUGUGAUUGGCACACAGCCCACUUCAGUGUUUAUCAGUAACCAUGUUUUGCUUCAGAGUUAAUUCUCAACCACUGUCACUUAGGGAUGUAUUUGCAAAAAGGCAAUGUGAUACAACAGACAAAGGACUGUAAAAUAAACCAACAAAGUUAACACAACAGGAAGUCAUAUAGUUGCCAUGGAGAACAAAUGCACCUGAGCCCACAACACACAAGUUUUAAGGUGACGACCAGGAUUUUGACACUUCAUACUCCUGUGGACAACCAUCAGCUGAACGACACGCUGCACACUCUCAAAUUUUGAAAAAUCAUGGGCUGCAACACAAGUAGGGGGGCCACAGUGGUUGACCCUUCUGAAAAGCCAGAGGACAGGCCGAAAACUGCCACUUCCACCAAGCAGGCGCCUGCAGAGGAAACAAAUGGAACAAAAGAAAAAGAUGAAAAAACGAAGAGUUCCAGCUGAGCGCCACCUUUACACCGAACCUAACUCUUCUUCUUUUCUAUCAAUGAACAAGGAUACAGCACCUCUCUGUAAACAGUUUGACGUGACAAAUGGGCUGCAUGGUGACUGAGAAGGGUUCUGUGGUGUCUGUGUUGCUGUGUGCACAGAUUGGCCUGUCCGAGGGUGAAGGAGGACCUGUAAGCAGGAUGAGGCGACGCUGCACUACUGUCCAUCAACGUCUGUCAUCUGGGCCAGGCACACAUAAUCAAAUACGCACACUUCUGUAGAAAUCCGACUCCUAUUGUCAAAGUCUAGAAACUAUUUUGUAAUAAAUAUAUCGUUUGGAGUAUUACAUUGUGUUGUCUUGAACCUCUGUUGCCUUUAUGUUCUUUUUUAGGCGUCGUUUCCUGCGGCGUACCUUGCUUUGUUUUUUCACAAUCAUUUAUUUUCAUUCUCUUCUCCUCCUCCUCUUUACUUGCACUCACACACCUCUGGUCAGAGCUGAUAGUUACAA